GUAACCGCUGCCUCUUUGGCGUUCGUUUCAGAAUCAAGUUGGAGUCUUACUGAACUCAACUUGCCCGUUAAACGCACCCGAACUUGAUUCCGCGUUUGCGAUUAUCAACACAGGUUUCGAGCAACCUCGAAGUUGAAGCCGGAUUUUGAUCUUAAUAACAUAUUUUCUAUUCAUCUCUCUCUAUUCACACUUCGAAGCGAUGAAAGAUUUCACUUCAAAUAAAUUUUCGUUCCCUAAGUAUUCCAUGGAUGAGAUACUGGAAUUGGAAAGAAUAUACAAUGAAAAGGGAGAACAUUCACUUGAUCAAAGUUUCUGCAAGGAGAUUGCUACAAAUUUUAGCUCCUCAUCAAACCGUGUUGGUAAAACUUCUGUAUCAUGGGAACAGGUGCAUCAGUGGUUCCAAAGUAAACAAAGAGAGUCAAAGGAUCAUCAAGUUGCUUCAUCACCUGAUGGGCUGAACCUGUAUGUUGAUCUUUCAGACAAAUCUUCUUCAAGAACGGGACAUGGAAGCUCUCCGGAUCCAGAAGGUACUCAAGCUGCAGAUCUGUCAGACUUGACUUUUGAAGCAGUAUCUAUAAAAGACAAUGCAUGGCAUGAUGUUGCAAUGUUUCUGAACUAUAGAGUUCUAAGCACAGGAGAACUUGAAGUUCGUGUCCGAUAUCAUGGAUUCGGCAAGGAGGAAGAUGAAUGGAUUAAUGUGAGAGAAGGAGUGCGAGAGAGAUCCAUCCCAUUGGAAGCUUCAGACUGUCACAAGGUGAAGGAAGGAGAUCUUGUGCUAUGUUUCCAUGUGAAAUCUGAUUAUGCACUCUAUUGUGAUGCUCGUGUUUUGAAAAUCCAGAGAAGGAUACAUGAUAGCAAAGAGUGUAGCUGCAGCUUCACUGUCCGGUUUUACCAUGACAAGUCUGAGGAAGAAGUUUCUUGGACAAGUUUGUGCUGUAGGCCAACACAAGAAGAAUCUGAAGUCCCCUUUGAGCCUACUCUGAAUCCCAUAGAGACUUUGUGGGGAUGAAAACGAACCAGUUUUAGUCUUGUAUUUCUCUUUUUAUUUCUCUCCAUUUUGUGAACUAAUUUCAUGUGUUGUUCCCGUGUAAUAUAAGAUUUUGAGUUUUGAUGCAUAAAUUUUUCUUUGAUCUUAUAUCCUUUAAUUGGAUUGUUAUGAUAUA